AUGAGCUGGAGCCAGCCUCCCGACUACAUGGACACGCUCCGGGUCGUGUACGAGCACCCCGUGCCCGUCCGGCUCAAGAGCCCCGACCAGGCCCUCCGCACCGAGGAGGCCACCAUGCGGAUAUCGCUCGGGAAGACCAAGGGCGGCCACGGACAGCAGGUCCUGGUGCUGCAGCUGUCGAGCGAACUAGACCCCUACUUUUUGCAUUCCAUGGAGGUCACGGAGGACGACUUCCAGCACCUCAAGGCCGACCAGGGCAUCCUGGUGGACUUCAGCACCUUUCCGGGCAAGAUGAUCGAGCUCCUCGAGCUGUGCAUUUCCUCGGGCAGCCAGGAGACCCCGCGCUUCCAGGCCGAGCUGCGCUCCCACGCCGGGGACUCCAAGUUCGCCGUCGUCGAAACGAACCAGUUCAAGCAGCUCACGCACAUCUGCCUGUCCUUCCGGCCCGGCUCGGACGCGGCCAUCAAGCACUACCUCGCGACGCGCCUCGCGGAGACCAAGGAGGAGCGCUCGGGCCUCUCUGCGCGCCUCCGCAGCACCCAGCAAGCGCUCGACGUGUCCCAAAAGGAGGCCGCCGAGGUGUCCGAGGAGCUCCAGAGGGAACGCGACGAGCACGCCCGGAGACAGACGUACUGGGAGGUCGACACGCAGACCAAGCUCACGGAGGCGCGCGAGCAGCACAUGCGCGAGGUGGAGGAGCAGCGCCAGGCGCUGGACACGGCGCGCGAGGCGUCCGAGGCGAAACUGAAGGUCGAGCUGCAGCAGGCGCAGGACAAAGCCACGCAGCUCGACUCCCAGGUCCGGGAGCUGCUGGACCAGAAGUACGCGCUCGACACCAAGGUGUCGGAGCUGUCGUCGCGGCUGGGGAGCGCGGAGGGCGAGCUGCGCGCCCUGCGCGACGAGGCGGCGCGUCUCAAGUCGGACAAUGCGCGCAUGGCCAGCGAGGGCCACGGGAAGGACAAGGCGGUGUCGGGGCACCUCGUGGAGAUCAGCGGGCUCAAGCAGGAGGUCAAGGCGCGCGAGGAGCUCGUUGCGAGCCUCAGGAAACAGCUGCAAGACCUGGAGCGGGGCAACCGCGCGCUGGAGAAGACGUGCGAGGACCUGCGCGGGAGCAAGAACGCCGCGGACGACCGGGCGGCGCACGAGCGCGCCGAGCUGGACAAGGCUGCGCAGAAGAUCGAGCAGCUCGAGUCGGACGGCAAGGCGGCGCGGGCGAAGCUGAAGAUGAAGGAGGCGGUCAUCGCGCAGCACGAGGCCACGAUGGCGGAGAAGCAGCAGCGCGUGGAGGCCCUGACUCGGGAGGUCGGGCAGCUGCAGGUGGCGCUCGACGGGGAGCGCGGCGAGAGCAAGCUGCUCAAGGAGCGCGUCGCGGAGCAGCGCCGGAAGCUCGACGAGUCGCAGUCGCUGCUGCAGAGCAACCAGCAGAUGAUCCAGUGGCUCAACUCGCAGGUUACGGAGGCGCAGCUCGGGCGGUACGCGUCCGCGUCGUCGCGGUACACCUUCCGGACGACGGCGAACGUGCCGGCGGCGGCGGGGGCCGAGGCGCCGCGGAGCGGGGGCGCGCCGGCGCCGACAACGCCGGGCGCGGCGGGGGCGGGGACGGGGGGCGCGGGGACGACGAAGCAGACGUUCGGGCCGCUGGCGGCGAAGUACGCGGCGAUCGCGAGCGCGCGGCCACCGACGGCGGGCGGCGCGGGGGGGUACAGCUCGUACUUUGUGCAACCAAAGGAUGUGGCCGCACACUGA